AUGAAAAUCGACAAAAAAAAUGAAAAAAGAAAAGUUCGAUCGGUAAAACUUCAAAUCGAACGCCUGGAUAAAGCUUUUCACUCUUUGUGCCAAGAAAAAAAGAAUGUAAAUUUAAAUUUUGAAAAUUCUCCGAUCGGCAAAGAGGUUAAGUUAUUACGAAAAACGAUAGAAGAUCAAUAUUCGAUUAUUGGAACUUUUAGUGUGACAGAUGUUGUAAACAAAAUGAUUACGAUUUUGGAUCAAAACUCGAAGAGUGAAGUUAUUGAUGGAAAACUAAACGAAAGAAAUAUGUUGAUUCUUGAAUCAAAGGAACUUGAUAAUACUUUAAAAACAAUAAAACGAGAACAGGAAGAGUUCAAGAACCGAUCUUCCCAAUUGAUGAAGGAACAACGUGUGUAUGCACAUUUGGCAUCAUCUAUUUAUCAAAAGAAAAAUAACAAAAAUAUUAUUGAACAAUAA